UGGCCGUCUCGUGCCGUGGGGCGGUUGCUGUGACGAGUGUGUCGUCGGCGGAUGGUUCGCUACCCGAACUGCGUCUCAUCAUCGUCUCUCGCUGAUGCGGUCGCUGCUGCGGCAAUUUAAACCGCCCAAAUUCUGGUUCAGGUAGGCCACGCCAGGCCGGCCGGAGCAGCGAUGCCGGUUUAUAGCGUCUACAUCGUGAGCAAGUCCGGCGGCCUCAUCUUCCACAGCGACUUUCCGAGUCUGCCUCGGGUCGAAGUGGAGAAGACGUUCAGCUACCCUCUGGACAUGACCUUGUCGUACCAGAACGUGCUCAAGCGGGUAGUGGUGGUGUUCGGGCAGCGGGACGGCGUCUGCGUCGGCCACGCGGUCAUGGCUGUCAACGGUGUUGCCGUCACCGGCCGCUUGCUCGAGGACGGCAGGGACGUGGAAGCAGUCGUCGCCGACGAGGCCAACUACCCCUUGAGCAUCCGGUUUGGACGGCCCCGGUUGACGACCAAUGAACGUAUCGUUCUUGCCAGCACAUUCCACUCCUUCUAUGCCAUUGCCUCGCAGCUGUCACCCGAACCCAAGUCGUCGGGCAUCGAGGUCCUGGAAGCGGGUGCGUUCCGCCUGCACUGUUACCAGACUGUGACAGGCAUCAAGUUCAUUGUGCUCGCUGAUGCCCGCCAGGCAUCUCUGGAGCCACUGCUACGACGUCUGUUCGAGCUGUAUGCUGACUAUGCACUCAAGAAUCCAUUCUACUCGCUCGAGAUGCCUAUACGAUGUGAACUGUUUGACACAAACCUCCAGGCAGCUGUGGAACAGAUGGAGCGAACAGGCAUCAGCAAUGUCUGAGAAACAAGAAGCCAAGCCUAACCACAGACUGUGCUUUU